AUGGCUUCACCAAUUUUUAUGUUGAUCAACUUGCUCCUCGACCCGGAUGUGUCCAAGAAAGUCGUUUUGCAGAUGGCUUGGUCUCAAGUCAAGGCCAUUGGCAUUGGCAAGGUCUUUGCCGCCUUGUUGAGUGCGUUGACAGUGGGGGUGUCGUCGUUCAUCAGAAUUCCGCAGAUUAGAAAAUUGUUGAUCAAGACCCAGGCCGAUAGAAUCAAGGUUGCCAACGGUUUGUCCUUGCAGAGUUUGUCGCUUGACACGUUGAACAGCUUGGUUCAUGUGACUUUUAACUCGCAACACAAUAUUCCGUUUAUCAACUACGGGGAAAGCUUGUUGUUGGGCAUCCAAAAUGCCAUCAUCAUUUUGUUGGUCAAGUUUUACAGGUCUACUGAGGAAGGACAAGUGGCAAACUUGCUGAAGUUGUCGCUUGGCGAGCAAGUCAAGGCUGUGGCUGACACUUUGGCCAAGCCCGUUGGUAUUAUGAUUGCUUCUGUCAUUUUCUUCAACAAGAUUGCCCCAACCAACUUGAUCUCAUUGUUGGAGAUUUUGAACAUUCCCAUCUCGAUUCUUGCCAAAAUCCCCCAAAUCACUGCAAACUACAAAUUAAAGACAGUUAGCCAUUUGAGCGAUGUUGUCUUGCGUGCCAAUGUUGUCGGAUCUUUGAUCAGAGUUUACACUUCAUACACCGACUACAAAACCAAGGCCCAAAAAAACAAGACAACCAUCGAUGAGAAAAUCUUGUUGGCGGGCUACACCACCUCUAUGAUUAUGAAUUCCAUCUUGUUGGGCCAAUCGAUUGCUUAUGACAAAUUAGGUAAAUAUAAGGAGUUGAAGAAGGAGGCAGAAGAAAAGAAAGAAGAGUAA